AUUCCCUGAAGCGGUAAGUUGACCGCGCUAAAUCCGCUCUUUCCUCAGGCUAGGGUUUCGAUCAGAAGGACAGGGUUUUAAACUUCUUCCCCUUUUGCCUCUUCGAUCUCCGCCGCUGCUUCGGUCUAGUGUUCCUCCCUCCGGCCGCUGCCAUGGUCAUGGAGGCACCCCUCUCCGGCACGGCCAUCGCGAAGCGCCUUGCAUCGUGCAACAAGUCCACCCGCGACCGGGCCGUCCGCGCUCUCACCAGUUGGCUCCCCCAGCAGCUCGACGCCGCCGUCUCCGACGGUGACCUCCUCAAGAUCUGGAAGGGCCUCUUCUACUGCGUCUGGCACUCCGACAAGCUCCCCGUCCAGAUCGACCUCACCAACCGCCUCGCCUAUCUCCUCGAGGCCCUUGCCGCACCCCUCGCCGCCCGCUACUUCGAGGCCUUCAUCCUCACCGUCCGCCGCGAGUGGGCCGGCAUCGACUUUCUCCGCCUCGAUAAGUUCUACCUCUUGAUCCGGCGGUUCCUCCGCCACCUCUUCCUUCUCCUCAGGAAGAACGCUUGGGAUCUCGAUCUUUCCGCCCGCCUGAUAGGGAUUCUGUCGGAAAAAUCGCUUCUUGCUGCCGAUAAAUACCCGGCCCAGGGCGUCAGCUACCACUUCGCCGAGAUCUUCUUGGAUGAGAUUAAGGAGUUCCUCCCGCUCGCGGUGGAAACCCUAGACGUGCUGCUGAAGCCCUUCCUCUCUGUGCUGGAGAAGUCUACUGAUAAGGUCUUGGCGAACAAGAUCAAGGUGAAUGUUUUCGAGCGCUUGCUCCAGAACGGUGUGAAGCUAUUGGAUGUUGAGAAGGCUGGAAAUCAAGUGGAGUCUGGCAGUGACGCCGAGAAAUUUGGAAAAAUUCCUUUGGUGUUGAGCUUUUCGAAGAGGUUCUUCGACUCUGCUUCGGCUUCUGAGACACUUCAGGGCAAUAGGAAAGUCCUGUUUGGUUUGCAUGAAGGUUUUCUCAAAUUGGAGAAGGAUUUAGAGAAAUCCGGAGUUCAUAUCUCAGUCCAGCAUCUGGCAAAUGGGAAUUCAGUGAAGGUGCCCGAGCCCAUGUUCUCAGAUAACUCUGAACAAGUUGACGUGGACAUGGGAAAUGGUGAUGGGGCUUCAGACGAUCAGCCACUCAAGAAGAAGAAAAAAAAGGAGAAGAAGAAAACAAAGAAAGCAUUGGAUGGUACUCAGAAAAAGAAUAAGUCCAAAAAGAAGAAGUCUUUGGAUUCAACUACAGAAAUUAAUGAUGCCAAACCAUUGAGUGAGCUUAAUGAUCUUGCUAAUGGUGGGAAUAUUAAUGGGGAUGCUGCAGAAACGCAUGACUUGAUUAAUUUUGAUGAAUGUGUAAUCUCAAAUCUUCAGAAGCAGUUCGAGAAAGCUGCUGCUGAAGCUGGCUUGGCAAAUGAUGGCGAAAGAUUGAAUGCUCUGCCAGCAAAACUGGUUACUGAUACUGUGCCUAAGAAGAGAAAAAGAGCAAAGAGUGCAGAGGGGAAGGCCACUGUUAGUGGAACUGAUGUUAAUGGAGACAGCAUAGCUGGAAAGAGCGGAGAGAAGAGUGCAAAGAAGGUUCGGUUUUCAAUGAAGAGCAACUUGGUGUGGAAGCCUCACAGUCCUUUGCCUCCCCAGAGUUUGAGAUUGCCACCAUCUGCUACCCCGAGAGGUAGUGCACUGAAGAAAGGUAUUCCUCCUGGCCCUAUUAAAGAGACCCCUCCCACAGUUAAAAAGAUCAAGGUGAAGGCCAACUCCGUCAAGAAGGGCAGGAAGAUCUCCACUGUUUCUUCAGCUGUCAAGCACCUCCGGAAGCUACAAAGGCUUUCUGCAUAGAUCAGUGUUAUCAUUACGGACCUCAGUUAUCCACUUGUGCUGCUCAAGCUUUAGAGAAGUUGGAGGCUAUAAUGAAGGGGAACAUACUGAAGCCGCUGAGGGAGCAGGGGAACUUAUCAUUUAUAUUUCUUCCUGGAGACAGGGUGAAGAUUAUUUGAGAAUUUGAAUUUGCUUGUUUAAUUAAUCAAUUGUGCGAAUCUAGUUUAGAGUUUAUGAAUGUUGUUCUACAAUUGCAACACAUGCCAAUUGUCACCCUCUUCCAAGUUCUGUUCUUCAGUAUAUUAGUUUUUUUCCUUUGAGCUGCACAGAGAGAGAGAGAGAGAGAGAGAGAGAGAGACCUUUCUUCACUUCUAAGAGGGAAACAUAUCUAGAGUGAAAAUAACUAUCUUCUUUCGGAACUUAAGUAACUUGUCACUUGUGCUCAAAUGCUUCCAUUAUUUCAAUAUAUAAUUACAAUUAUGUAACUGCAAUUAGAUGCA